AUGAGUAGAAGUAGUGAAAUCGCAGCCCUGGAAAAUGAGAUCAAGGAAUAUAAACUGCAGGUUCGUAUAGUCCUAGCCCUAGCCCUAGCCAUAGAGUGCCCUUCCUCUAAGCCCUAAGCUCAUCAUUGCAAUGGUCGAUCACUAACCUCUACCCUCACGCAGUUGGAGACCAUCCAACUCGGCCUCCAGGCAGACCCAAAUAGCGCAGAGCUUCAGGAAUUAAAGACUGAAAUCGAACAAGUCAUCUCCCUCACCGAAGCCUCGAUCGCAGAACUAAAGCCCUCUUCAGUGCCAGUAGCAGCAGCGGCCGCGGGACGCAAAAAGUCCGAGCCGGCCGUGAAGGAGAAAUGGUCGCGAGAGGAUCACCCCGCCUUCAAGAAGAACGCAGCAGCCGCCGCCGUCGCAGCCCCCCUCGCAUCCGACGAUACCGAUGUCCCAACCAAGUUCUCGGUCAACGACACGGUGCUGGCGAAGUGGCACUCGGGGGACAAGGGCUUCUAUCCGGCGCGCAUCACCUCCAUCACGGGUUCAUCGACGGCGCCGGUGUACAUUGUCAAAUUCAAGAGCUACGAUACCACCGAGACGCUGCGAGCCAAGGAUAUCAAACCCAUUGUGAACCCCAACAAGCGCAAAGCUGAUGGAACACCAGUCGCAGCCUCGAUUCCAGCACCUCCCGCCACGCCGGCGAAUGUCAUCUCGGCCGCACCCGACAUCAAUCCCGAGCUCGCGCAACAGACCAAGCGCGAGCCCAGUAAGGUUAGUGAUGGCCCCGUACGGCCCGCCAAAGUCCCCAAGAAGAUCAAGGCAAAUAAGGAAUUGGAAGCUGGCAAGAACAAGUGGCAGGACUUUGCCGCCAAGGGCAAAUUCGGCAAGGCCGGCAAGAAGGACAGCAUGUUCCGUACACCAGAAGGCGUUCAUGGUCGAGGCACGUUGCCUCUUCCCUCUUCGCGAAUGAUGCUAACUGGAUGACAGUGGGCUUCACGGGUUCUGGCCAAACCAUGCGCAAAGAUCCUACGAGAAGUCGACACAUUUACCAAACAACGGGCGAGGAAGAGUUCUAG